AUGGCGAUCAAGCACAACAACCAGAUUCAGAAGAACCACUUCCGCAAGGACUGGCAGCGUCGUGUCCGUGUGCACUUCGACCAGCCCGGCCGGAAGCACCGUCGUCGUGAGGCCCGCAUCGCUAAGGCGGCUGCCGUUGCUCCCCGUCCGGUCGACAAGCUGCGUCCCGUUGUCCGAUGCCCCACCAUCAAGUACAACCGCCGUGUCCGUGCCGGUCGUGGUUUCACCCUCGCUGAGCUGAAGGAAGCUGGUAUCCCCAAGAAGCUUGCUCCCACCGUUGGUAUCUCCGUUGACCACCGCCGCACCAACUACUCUAAGGAGUCCCUGGUUGCCAACGUCGCCCGUCUCCAGGACUACAAGGCCCGCCUGAUCCUCUUCCCCCGCAAGAGCGGUCAGUUCAAGAAGCUCGACUCCUCCGCUGAGGAAGUCAAGUCCGUCAAGGCUACCGUCGCUGAGGGCAAGCGUGACGGUAUCGUCACCCGUGUUGAGGCCACCUUCCCCAUCACCAACCCCACUGCCGCCGAGGCCGUUACUGAGGUCAAGCGCGACUCGCUCCCCAAGGGUGAGGAGGCUGCCUACCGUCGUCUCCGUGACGCCCGCGCUGAGGCCCGCUACAAGGGUAUCCGCGAGAAGCGUGCCAAGACCAAGGCUGAUGAUGAGGUCGCUGCCAAGAAAUAA